CGCGGUCGUAACCCGGGGCAACGGCCCCGCUCUCGCCUGCCCGCUGGGGACGAUCCGCUCUGGGCCUUCCUUCCCUCGCGGUCCCGUUAAAGAGUCUGAGUGGACGUGGCCACGUCCCCGCCCCGGGGAAGAGUUCCCAGGACACUUGGUAGGCGGGUGGCAGAACCGAGGAUGGAAGCAACCCUCCGGGCGGGAAGAACAUGUUAAAAACUAUAAGCAGUCACCCCAGCAAUGGAUCUCUGCCAGGAAAGUGAGACUGUUGCAGAAAAUGACGAACAUAAGAAAAUUCAAGGCGCAGAGGAAACCACGCAGACUUUAAGUUGUCCAGAUGAGAGAAACGAAAGGAAUCACGUCUGCUGUCUUCUCAGUGUCAGCGACCUCACGUUGGAAGAGGAUGAGCGGGCCAACGAGUUUGCCAUCGGCACUGGGUGGGAAGAAGCCGUCCGCGGCUGGGGAAGAACCUCACCAACCGCCUGCAUCUGGUCAAAGAAGAAAGUGAAAAAGGGGAGGGUAGGAGAAGGCACUGGUGGCGGCAGCGACUGCUUAUUCUGUAUGAGUCUUUCCCAAGGGAGUCUGGAGGCUUGUUCCCUCUCAGAGGUUGGGAAACUGGAGGCCAGUGCUGUGGCUGAGGUGAGCCCCGAGAAGAACUGGAGCCCUGAGAAGAACUGCAGCAGCCCCUCCCAGGGCCCCAGCACUGAUUCCAGAGAGCCCACCAAACUCUGCUUUCCCACAUACUUGCAUGGAGAAAAAAAAAGCCUGCAAAUCAAGGAAUUUAUCUGGUGCAUGGAAGAGUGGGCCAUUCCUGAGACAGUUAGCAGCAAGACCUGCAGAAACCCCUGCGGAAGCACUGCCCGGGGCCUCUCCGCCUCCGACUCCCUCGCAUCCAAGACCCUCAUGGUUCUGCCCCCACUGAAAAGCUGUCCCGCCAACAGCUUGGAUGUCCUGAGUAAGAAGGACAGGAACAUUUUCUGGCAGCCGGAAGAGAAGGCACAAAAGGGAGAAAAGGAUGAGUGCGUGGCUUGUCCAGAUAGGUUGAAAACAGUCGAUGGGAAAGGAGAAAAGAGACACUUUGAGCUGGCCAGCCACCUGAAGGUCACCGAGCAACUGCCUUUCCCGCCACCUAUGGUCCCGACACACCUGCUGGCGGCAGAGUCCCAGAGGUGCUGCUUGCGCUGGUCCCUCCUGCCCCAGAAGAGCUCUACGUAUCCAUCCAACCCCGACGACAUCCGCUAUCUUGCCACCUUGCAGGUUUUGCAAAAACAAGGAAUGCCAAGCUACAGAAGCAGACUCAAAGGCAAGGAAUCCAAACCUCCCAGGAACACUCCCAAACAUUUCCUCCGGGAGGCUAAGCAGGAAAGCAGGUCCCGGGCGCUAGCAAGUAAAAUGUUCCCCAAACCUCUCUUGCCAUCCCUCACAGUGAGCAGGGUUAUCAUCCCCGUCUCCACGCACAGAGUCCUCUGAUUGGUCACAAUAUAAUUUCUCCACGCACAGAGUCCUCUGAUUGGUCACAAUAUAAUUUCUCCACGCACAGAGUCCUCUGAUUGGUCACAAUAUAAUUUCUCCACGCACAGAGUCCUCUGAUUGGUCACAAUAUAAUUUCUCCACGUACAGAGUCCUCUGAUUGGUCACAAUAUAAUUUCCUGGGAAUGAGUACUGCCUGCAGCUCGUUUGUCUCCCCCUUUCCCCUCUCCCCCCCUCUCCUUUUCCUGUCCACCCUUCAGUCUUCUUCUCCCUUUCUCUAGCCUCUCUACUCCUCACCCCCCCCCCUUUUUUUUAAAUAGCAGAACCAGGGGAAAUUGAGCAGAUUUGAAUGAGUUUGAAAUCACCAUACUGGGCUAGGUGUGGUGACAUACACCUAUAAUCCUAGCAUCUGGGAGACGAGGCAGGAGGAUGGCAGAGUCCAAGGCCAGCCUGGUCUAUACAAGACACUUUUUUUAAUUUUUAACCAAUCAAAAACAAAAGAACCCACAGUUUUCAUGGUACCACCUUCUGCUGCUAAGCCAUUUACAAAAGUCAGUUAGGCCAGCCUGUGUUGGCCUUCUCCUUGCUCAGUGACUCCCCUGGUGGGAGGCCGAGGCUCUGUGCUGCCCCCACUCUGAUAGCCAGAAGCUACCUGAUAUGGCUUCUGCCUACAGCAGAGCCUUCCUUGAGCUUAGAGAAGUAAGUGCUGGCUUGUCUUGUCUUCUGAGACAGGCAGCUGCCACUGCCUUCUUUCUUUCAACAAAGAUGUAAAAUACUUGACAGAAUGGAAAAUCCCAACUAUAUCCAAGGGGAUAUGUAUCCCAGUAUCCAAGGUGCUGGAUCUUCGCAUUACGUUCAGGAAUAUAGUCCAGUGCCUCAGCUGCCUAGGUCACACCCGCACACUGCAGCUGCAGGCUAAUCUCUGCCUGAGACAGAUGAAUCAAAUCCAGCCUGGGUGGGGAGCAGGUUAGGAAUAAUGGAUUGUUUGGGGAGAAAAGGUCCCUGACCAUUGUGACCUGGCCUGACCUCCCUUCUCCCAUCUUAACUUGCCCCUCUGUUUGGGAACUCUCAGCCUUUAGACAGUUAGGGAAUGAGGCUGUCACUUUUUCCCUUCCGACUUCCUGCUACCCUCAUCUUAAUUUCACCCUUGCAUAGCUCCCUAAAUUGUAUAUUAUAUGUAAAUGAAGCAUAUUUUAAUGGCAAGUGGUACUUCUAUGUGGACAGAUGCUCUGAUCAUUUUGUGAUAUCAGUAAUCAUUAAACUGCUUUGUAAUCACACUGUGAAUUGCUUAGAGUAGGCUGUACUUGAACUCUUAGACUUUCCCAUCUCCUCAAUGACUGCAGAAUAUGACUACAGACAUCUGCUUUACAGAAUUGGUCUCUAACAUCCUGUCUGUCAGUCUAGAUUUUAUUUUGUUUUCAUAGUUUGUGGUAUUUUGGUUUCAUCUAACUCACACUGGCCUUGAGGUAGUUUUGAACCAAUACCCCUGCCUUGGCCUCCCAAGAGCUUAGGUUAUAGCACGUGCCACAAUGCCUAGCCUUUUUGAAAAACAAAACCCAAAACUCUAGCCAGAAAUGGUAGCAUAAAGCCUCCCAACCCCCAGAAAGGCCAAACAGAGCUAAAUGAACUGAGAGGGAAAGGAAAGGCCACAGCAUAGGGUCGGAAAGAUAAUGAUCGCCCUAGCUGGUGGAUACUUGGCAGUCUAGAAGGAAUGCUUAGAAAUUCUUCCCACCCACCCCUACCCCUUCUCCAAAUCAAGAAGCCACCUCAUCUGUCCCAAAGAGAAAUUGGGUGUCUCAGUGUCUGGACAUUGUGGCAUAGGACCCAGGCCCUGGACCUGCCCACCUGAACCAGGGGUAUCUGCACCCCCUUUCUGAUGUGGGAUUCCCCUCUGUAUGCUGUGAAUACCAUUGGUUAAUAAAGAAUCUGCUUUGGGCCUAUUGCAGUGCAGAGUAGAGCAAGGUGAGAAUUCCAAGCAGAGAGAGGAGAAGAGAGUGGGCGGAGUCAGGGAGGUGCUGGAGGAGACAGAUGUUGGAAACUUGCUGGUAGGCCGUGACCGCGUGAUGAUGCACAGAUUAAUAGAAAUGGGUUAAUUUAAGAUGUAAGAGCUAGCUAGAACUAUGCACAAGCCACUAGGCCAAGCAGUGAUUUAAUUAAUACAGUUUCUGUGUCACUAUUUUGGGUCUUGGUGGCCGGGGAAACACACGAGCAGUCUCUGCCAACACCUUGCUAAAGCAGCAGAAACAGGAAUAAGUUCUAAUGUAAAACAGGCUAAUUAAUGUUUCCCAGCAUGGACCGGGAAAGAAAGCAGCGACCAGGAAUGGGUGGCCAGGCCUUCCCUGCUUAGUCUGGAGUCCUUUCUUUGGAGUUUUAGAGCAGUUUGAAAAGACUAGUCUCUGUCACAAUAUAAAAAUGUUUUAGGGCCGGGCGGCGGUAGUACAUGCUUUUAAUCCCAGCACUCGGGAGGUAGAGGCAGGCAGAUCUCUGUGAGUUCGAGGCCAGCCUGGUCUAGACGAGCUAGUUCCAGGACAGGCUCCAAAGCUACAUAGAAACCUAUGUAUAUAAUUGUUUUUCCUACAUACUAUGUGUGUGCCUGGUGCCCAUACAAGUCAGAAAAUGGUGUCAGAUUCCCCUGGAACCCGAGUGACAGAUACUUGUGAGCCAUUGUGCGAGUGCUGGAAAUCAAACCUGGGUUCUCUGUAAGAGCCGCCAAUGCCCUUUGCUACUAGGCCAUUUCUCCAACUCACACAGUAUCGACUUUUAAGUUAGCAGACAAAGUAAUGGGUUUCAUUAUGACAUUCAUGCAUGGGGUAAAUAUUUUUUGUUUUGUUUAUGCUUUUGUUUUUCGAGACAUGGUUUCUCUGUGUAGCUCUGGCUGUCUUAGAGCUCACUCUGUUGACCAGGCUGCCCUCGAACUCACGGAGAUCCUCCUGCCUCUGACUCUUUGAGUGCUGGGAUUAAAGGUGUGCGCCACCACUGCCCGGUGAGGUAAUUUUUGAAAGAAAGUCUUUUGGGGCCGGUGAGAGAGCUCUGCAGGAAAAGGCUCUUGUCAGCAAGCGUGAUGACCCGAGUUCAAGCCCCUAAUCCCACAUGAAUGAUUGACAAGUGCAUAUACAAUAAUUAAAUGUUUCUGUAAAAUAGUAAAAAGUGUUUUUUUCAGAUGAGACUUAAGUGCCGAGGGACAAAUUAGAAUAUGUGAUGCAUGAAAUAUCACUGUAAAAUCCAUUACUGGGCCUUUGAGGUGGCUCAGUAAGUAAGGAGCAUGUCCAAACCUGAUGAUCUGGAUUCCAUGGUAGGAGAGAAAAGACUCCUGAACGUUGUCCUCUGGCCUCAACAUGCAGGCCAGAGAUCCCCACAAUCACUUUGUAUGCAAUGUUAACUUUUUUUUUUAAGUGACUGGGGAGAUGCCUCAGUGGGUGGAAGAGUUUGCUGUGCAUGCGUAAGGCUCCUAGUUCAAAUCUCCAGCACCCACACUGAAGUCAGACUCUGUGUAGCUAUGAUGCCAGUGCCCUCACAAGGAGAAGGAAGCAGAGACAGGAAAAUCUCUGGAAGCUGUGGUCCAGCCAGAUUGCCUUACAUUGGAAAAGCAACGCAGACCCCGUCUCAGAGUAGAAGGUGAGGAGCAACACCCAAGGGGUCCCCUGACCUUCACCCAUGUGGACCCACGUUCAUACAUGCACAAAAACAUCUGAACACUCUACAAACCUUGUUGGAAACACAGGACAGUGCUCUUCUGCCAAGCUACACCCUCAGCCCCUUAAAAUAACUUAGAAUUAGGAGGAGGGCCAAUCUGAAUAAAGGGUCCACAUUUCCUAAGGUUUGUGGGGGACACAGGGGAGGUAGUCAUUGUUAGCAUGUGAAAGGCCCUGACUUUAACCCAAGAGCCCCACUGCAGUCCCAUGAAAGUUGUAGUAGCCUGCACAGGUUUUUUUUUUUUAAAUAUUUAUUUAUUUAUUAUGUACACAAUAUUCUGUCUGUGUGUAUUCCUGCAGGCCAGAAGAGGGCACCAGACCCCAUUACAGAUGGUUGUAAGCCACCAUGUGGUUGCUGGGAAUUGAACUCAGGACCUUUGAAAGAACAGUCAGUGCUCUUAACCUCUGAGCCAUCUCUCCAACCCCUGCACAGGUUUUUUAUAUUUGUGUGUGCACAUGUGUGUAUACAUGUGCCUGUGCCUUGACGUGUAUUUAGAGGUCAGAGGACUGCUUAAUGGAGUCAGUUCUCUCUCCACCUAGUGGGUCCUGGAAACUGAACUCAGGCCAUCAGGUUUGGUAGCAAGCUUCUUUCCCCACUGAACCAUCUUGCCAGCCCUUCCUCCCUUGUUACUUUGAAGUGAGAUCUCAAAGUGUAAUCCAGGCUGUCCUUGGUGUGCGGCUCUUGUGUUUCUUUUGACCAGAUAAUCUAUAACAAAAUACCCAGAAGAUGCCUCUAUGGACUCAUGAACUUUUGCGUUAGGCACGUCCCUGCCCAAGUGGUUGUUCAAGUGCCUGAUAUAGUCUCCUACAAUCAUUUAAAAAAUUAUCUUUAUACAAUAUAUUUUGAUCAUUUUCCCUUCCUAUGUCAUUAGCAUACUUCAUAUAUGGAACUGAAGAUGGCUGCCUAUUGUGUCUAGAAGACACUGUUUCUUAGGAGUCACCCAUUACCUCCUGUAGUGGCAUUUAACAAUGUAAUACAAAAUUCUAGUCCUUGAAAAUUAUUAUCAACUGUUUAGGAUAAUAAACAUUAGUUAGUAGUUAAUCACCUAGUAUAAUCGAACUUGUUAGUCACAUUAGGUGUGUUUUCAAGGUCAAAGAUAUAAUUUAGAUAGAUGGGUCAUCUUCAUACACUUCAGAGAUCUACAGAAUAUGGCAUUAAGAUGUUUUAAUAACCUAGGUUCUUUUUUAUGACAAUGAUUCAUGUCUGCUCCUAGCAGCACCAAUCUGCUUCAGAGAAGAUAACUGGCAUUGAAGAAACUCCACUUGGAAUUUACUUUCUUUGUGGCAACGGUAAGCCACUGGGCAACAAAAUGCUCCUGCCUCAACUGCUGACAGUAUGUUGUCCUAAUUAGACAAUCAGGACACACAAUCUCCUGCUUCACAGAAAAGUCUGACAAAUAUGCUAAGCCUGUAGGCAGAAGAUGGGUGCCCCAGCAUUGCAGAGGAACUUGGGGUGACCAUCCAGGCAGCCAGCUGCUUCAGCCGUUAUAAUUUUUGGAAGUCACUUGCUCGCACUUCCUGCUCACUCAGUUAAUAUUAUUUCCUUCUUGGGUCUCUGAGGGAGUUGACGAUGAGAUAGCUAUAUAACUAUAGUUAUAGUUUACCAGAAACAGAAAGCAAGUUAUGAUAGAAAGUAAAUUAGGUAUAAAACUUUGGACUCACCAAGAUAGGAUAUGAAAUAUUUUCUCUGAAUUUGUCAAAUUGUUGAUAUAUUUAUUACCUGUAUACAUUGUAUAUAGGUAUUGUACUUAUUGUGUUUCCUUAUAUUAGUUAUAGCCUUCUUUUUUAUUUUAGACAAAAAGGGGAAAUGUAGUGGCAUUUCAAUUGUAUUUUAACAAAGACUGCCCAAAGAUCUGAGAGUAAAAGAGUCCCACUGGUCAGCCUUACAGACCAGGCUAUGGUAGGUAACACACACCUUUAGUCCCAGUAGCCACACUAGUUACCAUAGAAACCAGGUGGUGCAUGCCUUUAAACCCAGCUCUAUCAUAUGUUCAACACGUGACACAUGGGUUUUCCCCUCGAUGUUAGUGGCUGGGAAUCCAAUGGGAAAGUGCAUCCUGUUCACUUUUUGCUUUUCCCUCUACUUAACACGGGACUGGUAGAUGACCGGAGCUAAUCCCCAAAACAACCUGGGAUAAGGUCUGGGGUGACGUCGUCCACAGAGACAAGCUAAACUGGUCUAGAGAGAGGACACUGUUAAAGUGGCUGAGAACCCAAGACUAGUGAGGUCAUGGGCCUAGGGAAAAACAUACCCUGCUAUUCUGCUGAAGGGACAUAGCAGUCAAAUGACGCCUAGGAACACUGCCACCCCCGCAGAUGAGGGCCUUGCCUCCUCAGCCAUCACCAGAGAAGCUUCUUCCUGUAGAUGGGAAUCUGGGAGUCUACAAAACACAAAAAUAUACCGUGCUAUAAAAAGGUGCAAAAGGGGAAAAAAGAGGGAUUGGAAACAGUGUAACUUACUAGCAGUACCGACUCUCAAAUAUAGUGGGACAAAAAUAAUUUCUGCGAACUGAAAUAAAACAGUAUAAACAAUUCCUAAGGCAGUUUGCCAAGACUGGCAUGAGUUCUCGAACAUGCUGUACAGAAAUUUCAAUGUUAGAGAAAAGUUACUGAGAAUUAAAUUUUAUUGUCUUUAUUUGUUUGUGUUUUGACUGCAUGUAUGGAUGUGUAACCACAUGCAUGGAGGUCAGAAGAGGUCACCAGAGCCCCCUGGAGUUGGAUUCAUAGAUGGUUGUGAGCUGCCUUUUAGGUGCUGAAACUGAACCCAAGUCUUCUGCAAGUGCUCUAAAACACCGGGCCAUGUCUCCAGCCCCACCGAGGAGAAUCUGAAUGGCUACAUACCUGUCCGUGGCAGCUCAAUUCGGAUGCGUUGACUUCUGCCAGGUUUUCCUCGAAGCAUGGGCUCUACAUUUUCUGGAGUUGCUCAGCACGGGAAAGAAGAGCGAGCAAUCGGUUUUAAGUUUGGUUCCAAUCAGCAUAUGUGAGAUGCAGCCACACCUCCACAUGGCACCCGGGGCGUGGGAAAGCAGCAAACCACCAGAUAGCAGAGCAGGGGCAAAUAGGGGCUGCAGCAAGAAGGUGCCAGGCUUAGAACAAGGUUUCAUUUGCACAUGCUAGGCUUAAAAGCCCACUACUCUAGACCCAACAGGUCUUUGGCCGUGUCGAGCGAAGGACUUUGAGGGAGACAAGUCACCAUAGUUUUUCCACUUCACUUUUGUUUUACUCUAUGAACUAUGACUAUUGUUUUAUCAAAAUUUUUUGUUGUUGCCAUUGUCUUUUGGUAGCCUCUGUCCUGUAACAUUAACUUGCUUCAAAGAAUGGAAGCUUAGUAGAGGUCUGUUAGAGUCGCUGUGCUUCUCACAGGCUAACCUGUGAAAUCUGUAGAUUUUGAACCAGUUUACAACUGAUUUUGUUACUUAGUAAGAGAAUAUAAAAUGUAUUUUUCCCCUAAGUCUUUUGAAAGAACAAGGAGCCUGGCUGAUGUGGUUCAAGCAGUGUCCUCUGUUCAUUCACCCAGUUUGGGCCUGGCUCCUUCCGGAAACUCCCUUUUCAGUGUAGUCCGUGGUAUUAGCUGCUUGAGAACCAAGCGCCUGAGUGCCCUCUCCACCUGUCCCAUAGCCCAUGUCUCCUGAUGUGUGAGCUAAGGCACCUGUGUGUUGUGUCUACUGAUAAAUACAGCCCAGCAACAGAAAGGACCCUUGAUCACCAGACAACCGAGUCACUCUCUGGUCCUGAGAAGGUUGUGCUGGGCGGCAUCUGGCUGAUGAACCUAGAUGAAAAUCCAUGUCCUUUAACAACAGGAGUCACAUCUGGUAUUGAGUACGCAGGGGUCUGUGUUGUCCUUUCCCGGUGUCAAAUCAAUGUCACUCGAACACCCUUCAGAUGACAACACAGAGCCACUGUGAGACGAGAGGAGAACCAGCUUCGUAGCACUUGGCCCCAAAGCUACACAUCCCUUCCUCCCCAUCUCUUUAAAGGUCUUGAGCAAGCAAGCCUGAGAGGCCCUGGUAUAACUAGAUGAGGCCUCAGGAAGCUGAAGCAGGAUUACCUAAAUUGGAGACCAGCUUAGGAUAAAUUGUACCAGGCCAGGGCUACAUGGCAAAACCCCCACUCAAAAUACACGAGCUAAACAAAAGCACCUGGUAAGUAUUUGAGAACUUAGCAGGUUUAUUUUCACAUGUCUGUGUGGUCUGCAUGUAUGUUCACAUGUGCAGACCCAUGUGUAUGUGGGUAAACAUGUUCAGGUGGAGGCCGAUAGUCUCCCUGAUUUCUCUCCACCUUAUUUAUGGAGGCAGGACCUCUCAGUUGAGCUCCAAGCUUGCUGAUA